AUGACUUUGAUCUCCAAGUUCAGUAGCACUUUGGCUACCACACUCGCUUUAUUGUCGACCGCCUACGGUCUUGACAUCAGAGAGAACACCAUCUACCGUGAUCUCACCUCCGCCGACUUCAAGGACCUCUACAUCGAGCAGGGCACCUUCUUGACCCUUCUCGACAUCGGUCAGAUCACCAACGACGGUAUCUUCUACAACAGAGGAGAGUUCUACGUCGCUGCCGACAACUACAAGGCCGUCAACUACGCCCAGACCGGCUCCACCUUCAACAACGACGGUAAGAUCUCGUUCGACUCCAGAAACUCCAACGACAUUGGUAAGCUCGACAUCAGAGUCCAGGACUUCAAGAACGACGGUGAGAUCUGGGCCGGUACCUCGGACUCCAAGUGGUUCCCCAAGAUCUCUCUUCAGGGUACCAAGUCCUGGGAGAACAACGGUAAGAUCUCUUUUGCUCAGUCCCGUGGUGACCAGGGUGACGUUGCCUUCACCGACCUCUCCUUCGACAUCACCAACAACGGUGUCAUCUGUCUUGAGAACGUCAAGUGGGCCCAGUUGCCUUCUGUCAAGGGUCCAGGUUCCAUCACUCUUGGUGACAAUGCUCGUAUCGAGUUGAACAAGAUCCUCACCAUCCAGGACAGACAGACCAUCUCUUUCAGCGGUCUGGGCGCCACCCUCUACAUCUUGGGUUUGACCGAGUCGCUUACCGGUACCAGAUCCUACAACGUUGCCGGUUUCGGUGGUGACAACCGUAUCUACAUCAACCUCGGCUACACCUCCCACACCUACGAGGGCGACACCUUGUCGCUUUCCUUCUUCCUUGGUCUUUUCAAGAUCAACUUCGUGAUUGGUGAGGGCUACAACGCCGACGGUUUCACCAACGACGGUAUCUUUGGCGGUGGUUUCACCAUCAAGUACAACGGUGAGGCCCCAUCCCCAGUUCCAGAGAAGUUCUUGUGUGACCCCUUCCCAACCCCAAGAACCGCUGCUGACGUGACCUCGUCUGCUGCUUCCCUGGCCUCUUCUGCGCUUUCUUCGAUUUCUUCGUCGCUUGCUUCUGAGGCCUCUUCUGUGAGUUCCGAGCUUGCUGUUUCUGCCAGCUCUGUGGCCUCGUCUGUUUCGUCUGCGGCCACUUCUGCUUCUUCUGCUGUGUCUUCGUUGUUGUCUGCCUCCACCUCCGACGCUGUCGACACUGCUUCUGGCUUGAGCGCUUCUACUUCCGAUGCUGUGGGUUCUGCCUCUUACCAGGCCUCUUCUUCUGACGCUGUUGGAUCUGCUUCCUACCAGUCUGCUUCCACUUCUGACGCUGUUGGAUCCGCUUCUUACCAGGACUCCUCCUCCACCGACGUCGACACCGCCGAGUAUAACUCUGCCUCCUCCUCCACCGACGUCGACACCGCCGAGUACCACUCUGCUCCUACCACCGUCACCACCGACAUCUUGACCACAAACUCGGACGGCUCCGUCUCCACCAUCACCGGCGAGAUCAUCGUCACCUACGGCUCGGACGGCUUGCCAACCACCCACACCGAGUACUCCAUCGUGCCUUCUGCUGCCUACACCACUGCUGAGCCUACCACCUACACCACCGACGUCGUCACCACCAAUUCUGACGGCUCUGUGUCCACCUACCCAGGCGAGGUGAUUGUCUCUAUUGGUCCAGACGGAAAGCCCACCACCGUGACUGCUGCUCCCGGUGUGACUGCUGCUCCUACCACCUACACCACUGGUAUUGCUACCACCAACUCUGACGGCUCUGUGGGUACUAUCCCAGCUGAGAUCAUCGUCUCUGUCGGUCCAGACGGCAAGCCUACCACCUACACCUCUGCUGUGGGUCCAGACUCCACCGUCACCGAGGGCCACACUCUUACCCAGUGGGAGACUCACUGCCCAGUCUGCCCAGGCGGUGUUUCUUCUGUUUCCGGCUGGGUCUACACCAAGACCCUCGAGGGCACCGUCACUCUCACCACCGAGGUGUGUCCUCCAGGCGCCACCUACACCGAGCCAACCGGCGAUGUUCCAGCUCCUGCUCCUACUGAGCCUGCUGCUACCGAGACUGCUCCAGGUCCAGCUCCUGCUUCCACAUGGACCAAGGUCCACCACGGCACCACCGAGUCUGGUGUGGUUGAUUCCACCGUCCAGGGCACCAAGACCGUCUACCUUUCCUCCACCUUGCCUAAGGAGACUGCUCCAGCCUCCACUGCCCCAGCUCCAGCUCCAGAGGGUUCUGCUCCAGCUCCUGCUCCAGGCAAGCCAGCUCCUUCUUCUGCUGCUCCUUCUGCUCCAGGUGCCCCAGCUCCUUCUGGUGCUGCUCCUUCUGGCCCAGCUCCUUCUGCUUCCGCUCCUGGUGAGCCAGCUCCUUCCGCUCCAGCUCCAGCUCCAGCUCCAGCUCCAGGCUCUGAGGGUCCUGAGCCUUCUACUGUUGCUGGCGAGAGCACCCCAGCUCCUUCUGUUGCUCCAGCCUCCUCUGCUCCUCCAGCUCCUGCUGUGUCUUCCUACGAGGCUGGCGCUGCCGCCCAGGUCGUCAACUACUCUUGGUUGUUUGCCUUGGCUGGUCUUGCUCUCUUCUAA